CGGCGGUGCCGGCGCUAGGACCCCGCGGGUCGGAGCUACGGCGGGGCCUGGGCGGCCUGGGCAGCGCAGACCCUGGUUCUCGGCUCCCGGCGCCAUGUGAGGGGGUGCGGGGGCCGCGGGGGGCCGGGCGCUCCCCGGCGGAGAUGAGGAAACUGAGGCUCAGAGAGGUCACAUGGCUUGCUCGAGGCCCCCCAGCCAGUGUGACCCAACAACCUUGCCCCCUGGGCCACCUGCAGGACGCUGGCCUCUACCCCUCAGCAGACGCCGGAGAGAGAUGAGUAGCAACAAAGAGCAGCGGUCAGCAGUGUUUGUGAUCCUCUUUGCCCUCAUCACCAUCCUGAUCCUCUACAGCUCCAACAGUGCCAACGAGGUCUUCCACUACGGCUCCCUGCGGGGCCGCACGCGCAGGCCGGUUAACCUCAAGAAGUGGAGUUUCUCCAAUGCCUACUUCCCUAUCCUCGGCAACAAGACGCUGCCGUCUCGGUGCAACCAGUGCGUGAUCAUCACCAGCUCCAGCCACCUGCUGGGCACCAAACUGGGCCCUGAGAUUGAACGGGCUGAGUGCACCAUCCGCAUGAACGAUGCUCCCACCACUGGCUACUCUGCCGACGUCGGCAACAAAACCACCUUCCGCGUAGUGGCUCAUUCCAGUGUGUUCCGCGUGCUGCGGAAGCCCCAGGAAUUUGUCAACCGGACCCCUGAAACUGUGUUCAUCUUCUGGGGACCCCCAAACAAGAUGCAGAAGCCCCAGGGCAGCCUCCUGCGUGUCAUCCAGCGGGCGGGCCUCGCGUUCCCUAACAUGGAGGCCUAUGCCGUCUCUCCCGCCCGCAUGCAGCAGUUUGACGAUCUCUUCCGGGGUGAGACGGGCAAGGACAGGGAAAAGUCCCAUUCCUGGUUGAGCACUGGCUGGUUCACCAUGGUGAUCGCGGUGGAGUUGUGUGACCAUGUCCAUGUUUAUGGCAUGGUCCCUCCCGACUACUGCAGCCAGCGGCCCCGCCUGCAGCGCAUGCCGUACCACUAUUACGAGCCCAAGGGGCCCGAUGAAUGUAUCACUUACAUCCAGAAUGAGCACAGCCGGAAGGGCAACCACCACCGCUUCAUCACCGAGAAGAGGGUCUUCUCGUCCUGGGCCCAGCUCUACGGCAUCACCUUCUCCCAUCCCUCCUGGACCUAGCCAUCCUGUCCGCGGACCUGGGACAGAAAGCAGGCGAAGUGGCUCCGGGC